AUGGCACCUGAAAAUCAACCAACGACAGGUCCUCCGAAUUUUACUGGAGAAAAUUAUCACAUAUGGGCCAUCAAAAUGAAGGCUUAUCUAAAGGCUCUCAACUUAUGGGAAGUUGUUGAGCUUGGAGAACCUGCUGUCCAGCCAUUUAGAGUUAAUUCAACUCUCAAUGAAAUUAUGAAGUAUGAUGAAUUGAUGACUACAUCUCCACGAGCUCUCACCUGCAUACAUUCAAGUCUUACAGACGUGAUGUUUACGAGGAUUAUGACUUGUGAAACAACCAAAGAGGCUUGGAAUAAGUUGAAUGAGGAGUUUGAAGGCAACAAUAGAGUAAAAUAUGUUAGACUCUUAGCGUUGAAGAGAGAGUCUGAGCUUUUGGAGAUGAAAGACUCAAAUAGUGUGAAAGAAUAUUCUUCAAAGCUGAUGGAGAUUGUGAACCAGAUAAGAAUACUAGGUGAAACCUUUCCAAAUCAGAAAGUUGUAAAGAAGAUCUUGGUCAGCCUUCCAGACAAGUUUGAAUAA